CCACCCAGAGUCGAUCACUACAGUUGCGACAGUGAACAUGUCUACUGAGAUUUUAUUGUUGAUCGCCACAUUGGCGAUCGUUUUCUACAUAUGGCAGAAGCGUACUUACAACUAUUGGCAACGCUUGGGAGUCAAGAGCAUUACAGCGUCGCCAAUUUUUGGUAAUACGCGUAAAUUUCUAACUGCCAAAGUGGCGUUCUUCGACCAAAUUAAUGUUCUACAUAAUACGCCCGGUUUCGAAAAGGAGCCUCUGAUAGGCGUUUAUUUAAUGCAUCGUCCUGCUUUGAUUAUCAAGGAUCUGGAGCUCAUUAAGACGGUGAUGAUCAAGAAGUUCAAUUACUUUACCAAUCGUGCGCUCCAAACUGAUCCUCAUCGCGAUCCCCUUGGCUACAACAAUUUGUUCUUUGUGCGCAAUCCUGAAUGGAAAGAUCUGCGCACCAAGAUCUCACCAGUUUUUACCAGUGGCAAAAUCAAGCAAAUGUAUCCACUGAUGGUGGAGAUAGGCCAUGAUUUGGAAACUUAUUUGGCAAAGCUGCCUGAGAACUCGACACUGGCAAUUAAAAAUGUCUGCGCUCGUUUUACAACCGAUUUAAUUGCCACAAUUGCGUUUGGAGUCAAAGCCAAUUCGCUGAGUGACAUGAAGAGCGAAUUCUUUUCGUACAACAAGGCGAUCUUCGAUGUCAACUGGAGUCGAGGCUUUGACUUUGCCAUCAUUUUUAUGCUGCCAGCGUUGGCUACGUUGGCACGUGUCAAAGUCUUCUCGAAUAAAACCUCCGAGUUCAUGCGUCGCAGCUUGAGUUAUGUUCUGGAGGAGCGAGCGAGAACUGGUUUAUUGCGUCGCGAUCUCGUCGACACUCUGCUGGCCAUGAAACGUGAGGCUGUGAAUCAGGCUGAUAGCAAGGCCAAUCAGCUAGAUUAUUUGGUUGCCCAGGCAGCCAUCUUCCAGACGGCUGGUUUCGAGACGAGCUCAUCCACGAUGACAAUGGCGCUGUUUGAGCUGUCGCACAACGCUGAGAUCCAGGAGCGUUUGCGUUUGGAGAUCAACGAAUACUUUGGAGACGGCAAUCACAUUGAUUACGAGCGCAUCCAGGAGAUGCCUUACCUCACUCAGGUGGUGAACGAAACCCUCCGCAAGUAUCCCAUUGUUGGUUAUGCGGAACGUGAAUGUGCUCAGCCCAGCAGCGGUGAACGCUUCACUUUGGCGCCUUACUACGAUGUUGAGCUGCCAACUGGGACUCCGGUCUAUAUUUCUACCAUUGCCAUACAUCGUGAUAAGCGCUACUGGCCACAACCUGACAUUUUCGAUCCGGAACGUUUUGCUCCGGAGAAUCGUCACAAUCUGAACCAGGAUGCUUACAUGCCCUUUGGCAUUGGUCCUCGCAAUUGCAUUGGCAUGCGUUUGGGUUUGUUGCAAACCAAGUUGGGUCUGGUCCAUUUGUUGCGCAAUCAUCGUGUUCUCGCCUGUGAAAAGACCAAAAAAACUAUCGAGUUUGCGCCCAUGGCUGCUGUGCUCAUUCCCAAAGAUGAAGUGUUUCUAAAACUGGAAAGAGCCUAGAGAGUGCUUGAAAGCUUGUUGAGAUUGCCUCAGAGUGAAAACUAUUAUUAUUUUGUAUCAAAAACAAAAACAAAAAUACUUAAAAGCUACUUAAAAUAGAACAUUGCAAAAAAAAGGCUUAAA